CGGUCAGUAACUUAUUGCUCUGAGUGCAUCAAGUCCAAAAAAAUGUGCAAUCUUCUCUGAGAGAAGACAGAGGAGCAUCAGAACGUUUGCAGCUCUUUGAGAAGAUGAACACUAUGGAGGUUAAACUGAUCCCUUGCUGCAUCUUUAUCCUGAUGGCUGCGGCCAUAAAGGCUCAAGUUAAUCCAGAAAUGUGUCGCUAUCCUCUCGGUAUGACCGGUGGGAAGAUCCAGGACAAGGACAUCUCUGCUUCCAGUCAGUGGUCAGAGUCCACUGCUGCACGAUUUGGAAGACUUGAUUUUGACACUGGCGAUGGCGAUGGGGCAUGGUGUCCUGACAUCAUGACAGAGCCGGAUGGUUUUAAAGAGUACCUCCAGGUGGAUUUGCGCUCGCUGCACUUCAUCACCCUUGUGGGCACCCAAGGUCGCCAUGCCAACGGCAUGGGGAACGAAUUUGCCCAGAGAUACAAAAUAAAGUACAGCCGGGACGGCAGCAGCUGGGUGGGCUGGCAUGAUAGGAUGGGAAAACAGGUUAUUGAGGGCAACAAGAACACAUACGAUGUGGUCUUGAAGGAUCUUGAACCCCCCAUCAUAGCUCGCUUUGUCCGCUUCAUGCCUGUCGCUGAUGCCUCCAUGAGCGUGUGUAUGAGAGUGGAGCUCUACGGUUGUGAAUGGCUGGACGGCCUGGUGUCUUACAGCCUUCCAGAUGGGCACCAAAUGAUUUACAGAGGCCUGGAUGUCUUCUUCAAUGACUCUCUGUAUGACGGAGCAACAGCUCAAAGACUAACCAAGGGCCUGGGCCAGCUGGCAGAUGGCACCUGGGGUUUGGAUGAUUUUCUGCACAGCCAAGUCCAUGGAGUGUGGCCUGGGUACGACUAUGUAGGAUGGAGCAACAAGACUUUCCCUAAAGGCUACGUAGAGAUGAUCUUUGACUUUGACCACAUCCGCAACUUCACUUCCAUGAAGGUUCACUGCAACAACAUGUUCAGCCGGGGAGUCAGGCUGUUCAGGCAGGUCACUUGUUACUUCCGUUCUGAAUCAGAAUGGGAGUCUGAUCCUGUGACCUUCAGGCCAGCUUCUGAGCCUCUGAGCCAAAGUGCUCGAUUUGUUACUGUACCCCUUGGCGAUCGAACAGCCAGGAGCAUCAAGUGCCGUUUUCACUUUAGCGACCAGUGGAUGUUGUUCAGUGAGAUGGCCUUCCAGUCAGGGUCUGCAGUUUACAACACAUCCCUGAGUCCUCACAAACAUGGACAGUCCAAAAAAACUCUUCUAGGGGCUGAUCCAACUCACAAAGUAGAUGACAGCAACACAAGGAUCCUGAUUGGCUGCUUGGUGGCUAUUAUAGCCAUCCUUUUAGCUAUCAUACUCAUCAUACUGUGGAGGCAGGUCUGGCAGAAGAUGCUUGAGAAGGCUUCCCGCCGUUGGCUGGACGAUGAGCUUACAGCUCGCCUUGCCAUCCAGACCCAGGCCUUCUCUUUCCUUCAGUCCUCUCUGUCUAGUGAUGAUGGCUCCACCUCCUCAUAUGAGAGAAUCUACCCUCCCUGCGCCAACUACCAGGAGCCUUCUCGUCUCAUCCGUAAACUGCCUGAAUUUGCUGAGUGCACAGAACACCUCGAGCCAGCAGCCUCCUGUGGAGCAGCCAUUUGCUCUGACAGUGCUCCGCACUAUGCAGAGGCACACAUCAUCAGCCUACAGGAGUCCUCAGACAGCAGCUCCAUCAGAACUGUCAACAUGCACCUUUUUGCUGGACCAGAUUUAACCCUGAAGGAGUUCCCCAGAGAGAAGCUUACCUUUAAGGAGAAACUGGGAGAGGGCCAGUUUGGGGAAGUACACUUGUGCGAGGCUGAGAGCAUGCAGGACUUUUUAGAUGAGGAUUUGUCAAUGGAAGGCAACAGCAAAUCUCCUCUGCUUGUAGCUGUGAAGACUCUGCGCGAAGAUGCAAACAAGAACGCCAGGAACGACUUCCUGAAGGAGAUCCGAAUUAUGUCUCGUCUGAGGGAUCCUAACAUUGUCCGCCUGCUGGCGGUGUGCGUAGACACAGACCCUCUGUGCAUGAUCACAGAGUACAUGGAAAAUGGAGACUUAAACCAGUUCCUGUGCAGUCUUAGACUAAAGGCCCAGAAUAACGACAAGGAAAAGCAAGAAGAGGGGAGUGAUGAAGUCAGUUCCAUUAAACUGCUAGGCAUGGCGGUGCAGAUCGCAUCUGGUAUGAAGUACCUGUCCUCUCUCAACUUUGUCCACCGGGAUCUGGCAACCCGCAACUGCCUGGUGGGGAAGAACGACACCAUCAAGAUUGCAGAUUUCGGCAUGAGUCGAAACCUCUACAGAGGGGACUACUUCCGCAUUCAGGGCCGAGCCGUCCUGCCAAUUCGCUGGAUGUCCUGGGAGAGCAUCCUUUUAGGUAAGUUCACCAUGGCCAGCGAUGUGUGGGCUUUUGGGGUGACUCUGUGGGAAAUUCUGACUCUGUGCAAGGAGCAGCCAUACUCGCAGUUCUCUGACGAGCAGGUGAUUGAAAACACAGGCGAGUUCUUCCGGAACCAGGGCAAGCAGGUUUACCUGCCGAAGCCUCAGUGUUGUCCUGAUAGAAUCUAUAAUGAUCUCAUGCUAAGCUGCUGGAGGAGAAACGCUCAGGAAAGGCCGAGCUUUAAGGAGAUACACACCCAGCUGAUGGAGAGCAUGGUGUAGCAGAUGGAGCAAAUUCUGUAGCCCCAAACUUUCAACCCUCACUUUUACAUUUAUCCCCCUCAUGCAAUAUUAACAUCUUCUGAAGGGUUAUCAACAACCUGGAAGUGUCAGUAAAGAAUUAACUGGUCAAACCUGCUUUAGUAGUAGGUACCCAUAAAGCAUAACAACAAAAAUUGUGUAUUGCAAAAACUGGAUAUCAGAUUGCUUAAAAAGUUAGAAAAUAACUAGGUUUACCAACAAACAAAUUGCCAAAAGUAUUGGGUCCCAUCACAAAAUCAGCGAAUUCCGGUGUUCCAAUCACUUCCAUGGCUGCAGGCGGAUAAAGUUUGAUGUGGAGAAACCUGACUGGCCUGAACAGAGUCCUGACCAUAACCUGAACCCCUUUGGAAUGAGUUAGAGCGGAGGCUGCAAUUCUGGUUUUCCCGCCAAACUAUGAACACAUUUCUAAACCUUGAGGAAGAUGUUUACAGAAUAGUUGAAGUUGCUAUUGCUGGCAAUGGUGGGUACAUCAACAAAUUAGACCUUAUAAAUUAAGAAUAUGAUGUCAUCAAAGUUCAUGUAUAUGUUAAAGUAGAAUACUUUUGGCAAUAUAGUGAACAAUCCAAUGUGUGAAAAGCUGGAAUCUUUAUUUGGAAAUUCCAAAAGUAGGAGAUAUUCUCAGAAAAAUUAUUGUGGUUUCACAGAAUAUCGGCUUUUUAAGUACAACAUGUGAUCUAAUUAGACCAUGGGAUAGGACAUUUAAUACUAUUAUGUUUACUCUAAACUGUAAAACAUGCUUUAGUUGAAAUAUAAAAUUUAAAAUUCUUUGACAUCAUUUUCAAUAACACUCUUCAACUAGACAGGUUUCACAAACAAUAACUUUAUCAAGGAUUGAUUUGCAAUAACAGGAAAUAGCUAUUCUGGGCUAUUUUCCAAUGGGCUUAUAUUAUAUUAUAUUAUAUUAUAUUAUAUUAUAUUAUAUUAUAUUAUAUUAUAAGUCUUUGAAAUUGGAUUUAAAGAUUGAAUGUUUUAAGCUUUUAUACCUCAUGUGGAAACAGAACCCAUGUAUUAAUGUCCCAGUCUUUCCUUAUCAGGUGGGAUAGUGGAUCAUAAAGCUACGUUUCAGGACAAGGUUUUUUUCUUUUUAGGAACUAAUAACGUCAAAACAAAAGUUUCUCUCCGACGGGCUUCCUGUCUUUAACGUGGAUGGAUCUAAAAUGAAUUUUAGACUCCAUGAAAACACAGGAAAAGUAUAUCUAUAUAUAACACUAUGAUGCCGCAAGUGACAGAUACAGGAAAUUACUGUAUAGUCUCGAACAACACAAAAUACUGUUCCUGUAAGCAAAAAGCAGUAUUUACACUCUCCAUACGUAUAUUUAUUUCUACAUUAUUUUUAUAUUGAUUCUAUUUAUAGUGUACCAUAAAAAUCUCUUAACGCA